AAGAGCUCCUCUUGUGCGAAGAGGAGAUGCACGAGUCCUCGUCCGGAGAAGGAAGCAGAGGAGGAGAGAAUAGUGCUGGACAUCUCUCCGACCCCUUCUCCGGAGCCGAGGGAGCAGCAGGAUCAGGACUGGACGGGGAUUCCCAACACACAAAUACUGAUGGAAGAAGAAGAGGAUUUCAAAGCGGACAAGAGGAAAGAAAUGUUACGCAACAAGGCGAAGACGAGCGAAUGGCUGUUGAUGGUGACGAAUCUGGUGUACUUCAGUGGAUGCGGUUUGGCGCCUCUCCCUCGGACCUUGGAUCAGAUGACGAAGGAACUGAUGAACCUGGCUACGGAUGCGCAGAACUGGGGAAUUCUGGGGUCAGGUAUGUUGAAACGUUGUAUGAAAGCUUUGGUAGGUCAGGGAAAGAAGUUGUUGACCUGUGGCGUACCGGAUAUGGUGGAGCUCAUGGUCGAAGAUACGUCAUACACUACAUUUUUCGACUUGGAGCUGCCCACCGAGAUCCGGCAGUCAUUUCAAAACAGCUGGCUCGGCUCUCCACAGGGACUUUUAUCGUAUCCGUCCACGGCUGCCACCUCCACUUUGUCCAUGCCUGCCGCUUCUCAAACAGCACGUGCAGGUGCUACAUCACAAAGCACUUGCGCGGGCGGUUCGGGAGGUGGGUGGCUCGCAGAAAUCGCAAAGAAUGUGAAUACAGCGAAGCAUGGUGGAGUUAUCUCGCAGUAUACUUAUGCAGCGGUGGACGGAGGGCAGCUAAAGUUUCAGUCGAAGGGCGAAAUUGGGCAUACCACCGUACGACUGGAAAUUUACCCGUUCGCAAAAAUCGUCCAGCAGAAGCCGUUCAACUGGUGGGUCGACGCGGAAUGGCGGACGCUGUUCCACCUCGAUCCCCAGGAUCCGGACCUAGCUCUGCUGAAGGAGAUUUGCGAACGGAAAACAAAAGCCCUAACCUAACCUAA